AACCGUAUCUUAACACAAAGGCGUAUGCUAUUUUGACAUUAGUUUUGCAUGUGAAGUUUUUUUGCUUGCUAACUUUUCAUUUCUAGGGUUUUAUAUCUAAAAACUAAGUUUGUAAAUGUUGUGUCGCGGUGUUAUGAGGGCAGUUCGUGCUUCUGCCCUGGGCUUGUUGUCCAGUCUUACACUGAAGGAGAGCAGGUUGUGUCUCAGGACACCGGUCAGCGUCCGCCGCAGCAGCAGCAGCAGCGAUGAGGAGAAAGUCAGCCGCUAUCCUGUGCCUUACAAGAAAAAUCUGCCCUACGACAUUGUGGAGCUGAUGGAGGAGGUCGAAAUAAAGGGUGGUUUCCUUCCAAACGUCUUCAAAGUCCUCGCUCACCGACCCGAAGAGUUCCGAGCUUUCUUCGCUUAUUAUAAUUUGCUCAUGAACAAAGAGAGCGGUUUAUCAAAGGCAGAGCGGGAGCUGAUUGUGGUAGCAACCAGCGCUCAUAACAACUGCCUGUACUGCGUGGUAUCGCACAGUGCACUACAUCGUAUCUACUCUAAGAAGCCCACGGUAGCUGAUCAGGUGGCAGUGAAUUAUAAAGUCGCAGAUAUUACUGCCCGGGAGCGAGCCAUGCUGGACUUUGCCAUGACCGUGUGUCGCAGUGAGACAGUGACAGACGAACACUUCAGCUCACUGGAGGCUCACGGAUUUGAUCGAGAGGAUAUUUGGGACAUCGCUGCCAUCGCUGCCUUCUUUGCCCUGUCUAACCGCAUGGCCCAUCUCACAGACAUGAGACCUAACACAGAGUUCUAUAACUUAGGCAGAGUGCCUCGAGACAAAUGUCCACCAGACACAGAGAACAACAAGCUGUAGAGCAGAGCACUGUUGUGGUCAGAGAAAUCACAAACCAAACCAAUAGUGUCGCAUUUAAAAGGAGCUGAAUGUUAUUUUUAUUGAACUCCUAAAAUAUACAACCAAUAAAAUGAAUCAUUCUCAAAUCUAGACAUUUUGUUUAAUGUUAUAAAAGCAUUAAUAAUGCCAGAGACAUUUCAGAAAACCAUACAACCCUUGGUAAAAAGUAUGGAAUCACCCCUCUCUGAAGAUGUUCAUUCAAAUGUUUAAUUGUGUAGAAAAAAAAAAACAAGCACAUAUAUGCCACAAAACAAUUUUCACUCAACAAUCCAAACUUCUGGCUGUAUAAAACACUUAAAAAAAAAAAACAAAGAAAGAUAACUAUAGUCAAUUACAACUGUUUUUACAGAUCGAACAGAGGAAAAAAAAUAUGGAAUCACACAAAUCUGAGGAAAAUUAUAUGGAAUCAAAAUGCACUUUGCGUUGGUAAAACAAACACCUGUAUCUGAUUACAACUGCUAAUUAGUCUGCAGUUAAAAAAGAGUGCUUGAACACAUUAGUGAUGUGUUGAACCAAGAUGAUUGACAUAACUCAUGGCUCCAACACGAGAGAUGUCAGAUGAAACAAAGGAGAGGAUUAUCAAAAUUCUCGAAGAAGGUAAAUCUUCACGGAAUGUUGCAAAAGAUGUUGGUCGUUCCCAGUCAGCUGUGUCUAGGGUCUAAAAUCUGGACCAAGUACAAAUCAAAUGGAAAGGUUGAAAAAGGGAAGCGUUCUGGUAGACCAAGAAAGACAUCAAAGCGCCAAGACAGAAAACUUAAAGCAAUAUGCCUUGAAAACAGAAAAUGCACAACAAAACAAAUGGGCAGAAAGUGGAGUCAAUGUCUGUGACCGGACUGUAAGAAAUCGCCUAAAAGAAAUGGGAUUUACAUACAGAAAAGCCAAAGGAAAACCAUCAUUAACAUCUAAACAAAAAAAACAAGGUUUCAGUGGGCUAAAGAAAGACAAUCUUGGACUGUGGAUGACUGGAUGAGAGUUAUAUUCAGUGAUGAAUCACCAAUCUGCAUUGGGCAGGGUGAUGAUGUUGGAACUUUUGUUUGGUGCCGUUCCAAUGAAAAUUUAUAAAGACAACUGCCUGAAGAAAACAUGCAAAUUUCCACAAUCAUUAAUGAUAUGAGGUUGUAUGUCAGGUAAAGGUAUGGGAGAGAUGACAGUCAUUACAUCUUCUAUAAAUGCACAAGUUUAUGUUGAGAUUUUGGACACUUUUCUUAUUCCAUCAAUUGAAAAGAUGUUUGGUGAUGGUACAGUAGCAUCAUUUUUCAGGAUGAUAAUGCAUCGUGCCAUAGGGCAAAAUCUGUGAAAACAUUCCUACAGGAAAGACAUAUAAUGUCAAUGGCACGGCCUGCAAAUAGUCCGGACCUCAAUCCAAUUGAAUAUCUGUGGUGGAAAUUAAAGAAAAUGGUCCACGACAAGGCUCCAACCUGCAAAGCUGAUCUGGCAACUGCAAUAAGACAAAGCUGGAGACAGAUUGAUGAAGUUUACUGUUUGUCAUGUUAAAUCCAUGCCUCAGAGAAUUCAAGCUGUUACUGUAUAAAAGCCAGAGGUGGUGCAACAAAGUACUAGUAGUGUUUUUAUUUGGUGAUUCCAUAUAAUUUUCCUCAGAUUUGUGUGAUUCCAUAUUUUUUUUUCCCCUGUUUGAUCUGUAAAAACAGUUGUAAUUGACUAUAGUUAUCUUUCUUUGUUUUUAAGUGUUUUAUACAGCCAGAAGUUUGGAUUGUUGAGUGAUAAUUGUUUUGUGGCAUAUAUGUGCUUGUUUUUUUUUCUACACAAUUAAACAUUUGAAUGAACAUCUUCUGAGGGGGUGAUUCCAUACUUUUUGCCAGGGGUUGUAUAACGCUAUUAAUUUUCUGUGGUAUCAUUAUUACAUUAGAAAACGAUCCUUUUCUGUCCAAUUCCUUAUAGUUUUUCGGUCAAUUCCAACCAGAUAAAUGCGUAUUAAGAAUUUGACAUCAUUGACUGUAAAAAAAAAAACUGAGCUGUGAAAUAUACAGCAAAAUCUUAAGCCCUAUACAGACAGGAUUAGUGUAACAUGAGUAAACAUUGUUGUAAUUCUGGAAUCCUAUUCUCUCAUUGGCUCUUUAGAUUAUCAGUCGUUAUUUGUGUAAAUAUUUGUAUAAGUCAAUUUGAACUAAAAAAUUUUGCCGGAUUAACAUAAGUUCCAAAAACACUGAUUUUCUAAGUACUUGAGUAUAGAUAUUUCAAGUACAGAUAAAGUUUAAAACACAUUCGUGAUUAUAGCUCGUUUGCAUAUGGUCACACCUACAAAACUCCAUAAAAGGUCAAGUGCACAGACAGCUUGGAGCCUGAAAUGAAUCAUCAGGGUAAAGGCUGAAAAAAAGGUUAUUAGGGAUUUGAUUUAGAUUUUUAUGACAAUUAAAAUAUUGAUUAGGGUAUAAUGCAUUAGCAUUUGUUUACGACUAACAGCCAUGCACAAGCAGCCCUUUGGCUUUGUGUUGUGUUCUUUUUUUAGAUUAAUGCCAACAAUAUGAAACUACUGUAGGAUUUUUUUUAGUCCUUGAUCCUAGUGAACUAGCAUGAAAUGUGUUUUUGAUCGAGACUCCAAUGCACUUCUAUCAGUCGCUCUAUAUAAGAGUCUCUGAUAAAUAAUAAAUGAAAUGAAAUAAAAAUUAGAUCAAAUAAAAUUAAACGGUUUAUGCUUGAUAAAUGUUAAGCAAGGGCUUCAGGGUGCUUUAGGUUUUUGUAUAAUACUGAUACAGUCAGAUGAUAUAACAGUUUUCAAGUAUCUUAUGAUCAUUUUUAAUCAUUGUUUAUUCUCUGUAUUUUUCUAGAAUUGGUUUCUUCUUAAACUAAGCAGAUUUGUAAGACUAGGCAAAAAACUGUACAUUUUAUGACCUCCUCCAAUAUCUAUCAGAAUUUUUUCUUGUCUAAGCAACAGUAGCUCUGUGUUACUUUGUUUUGCAUGACAGAAAAUAAAGGAUGGGACUUAUUGAAACUAUUGAGGUAUCUGAUGCAUUAUGGGUUAAACAAAUCCACUGAAAUAUUAAUGUAAUAUCCGAAUAAACCCUGAUCUAUUCUCAAUACGUCUUGCACUGUUAAAUAAUGAAGGUGGAAGUGGAAGUAUGAUAACAGCAGAGGGAGACAUCUCUCAUUGUUAGUCUUUGCACUUUGGUUCUAUUCUGUAUGUGUGAUUUUAAUGUUCUUGCGGUAACCUGUGUGAAUGUAUGUGUGUAUCUGGAAUUUAAGAAUAAUAUUUAAGUCUGAACUUAUUAAAAGCAAAUUAAAGGA